AUGUCUCUUCUCCCAACCUGUGCCACCUUUUUCCUCCCAUCCUCCCCUAGAGCCCCUACCGUCCAAAUCACUCCAUCCGCCACCAAACCACUAACCGCUCUCUCCGCCGAGCCCAUCCUCAAGUACCUCUCCCUAGCCAAGCGGGAGCCCCUCGUGCUCCACAGCGAAUCCAACCAACUCCAGCGGAUCCAUACCGCCACGCCAUUCAACUGGCGUUGUUGCUCCAUCGGUGACAACACCAUCGAGUUGGACGUCUUCACCGCCUCCUGGACAUUCACACCCGACAACACUGUUAUUCGGAAUGCACAUGGAUUCCGGAAGGAGGUACCCUUCAAAGGUCCUCAAGACGAAGUUAUGAAGAGAAUUCUGAAUUACUACAUCGGAAGACGUGGCACCAGGAUUCAGAAGCUCUAUCUGAAGAGCUAUAAAGCUGUGCAACUUUUAAGGGAGAUGGGGAUCAUCGAGAAGUCGGAUAUCGUGGAUAAGGAUGGAAUUUCGCUUCGGGACAAUGUCGAAUUGGUUCAAUUGCUGCCAGGAGAUAUUGCUUCGAAAAUCGAGUGGAGCAUGAUUUAA